CUGUAUUUUGUGGCAGAUUGUCUUGAAUGUCUGAAACCUGGACGACCCUUUUUUUUGUCCAUUUUUCGUUGCUGGCUCGUUGAGGAUUUUUUUCCUUGGAUUAACAACUUUAAAGGGAAAGAACGACAUUGACCAACGAUCCAUCGAUGUAUAAUGUCAAUUGAAGUCGUCAAAGACUGUGCAGAUAUAUGGGCUAGGUUAUUUGACCACAGACCAUUUUUGAACGGUGAAAUCAAAUUAUUUCUAAAAGAAUUUGGGGAAUCAAGAAAAUUCAAUGAUCAAAUUUGUCUUUUGGGAAUUGCGAGGUCUGUAACUAAUUUGAAAGAAAACCAAAUUCCAAAUGCGAUCAACAGUUUGGACAAGUUGCAGAAGUUGAACACUCUAAUCGACAUAUCAGUACAAAAUUGCAAUACAAUCUUGGAAAACGAGUCCCAAUAUAAUGUCGAGGAAUCUUUGAAAAGAAAAGAAGAAAUACGUGCUGAAGAGUGGAAAAGAUUUAUGGAUGAAAUAGAUAAUGAGUAUUUAAAAAUUCAAACGACUUUUGCAGCGAAAAAACAAGAACUGUAUAAAUUUUAUGAAGAUCUUGCUGACAAGUUGUAUUUAAAUUAAAUCGUUCAAUAUGACAGUGUCAAAUCAAGAUUUUCAGCUUAAAGUUACAAUAAAUAAGCAGCUUAUCGAGGCGUUUAACAAAUGCAUGUCCGAAAGUGAGGGCAUUCCCCCAAAUAUAAAAGAGUGCAUGAAAGAUAAGGACUUUGCAAAAUUUCAAGAUUUAGAAUGGCUUUUUACCAAAACUAAACAUGAAACGGGUAAAUUUCACGAAUUGAUCACUGGGUCAGAAAUAUUGUUACCUAAACCAGCUGAGAUUCCUCGAAACCCGGAGCUCGAGGCAAGAGUGAAGAGACUUCGUGCAGAACAGGAUGAGAGAGACUAUAAAAAGAUGACUAAGAAUGUCGAUAAUGUAAGAGUGAGACAUCCUGAAGACUCCAUCAAAUACCAAGUUGAUCAGAUGAAUAAACAACUUAUUGCUGUGGCCCAGUUCGUCUUUUCUGUUAUAGCCGGAUUUGUUUUCGGCUUUCUCGGUAUUGAACUAAUAGUAGGCGACUUGGAAUUUGGCUUUCGUCUAUUGCUUGGAGUGAUUUUUGCACUUAUAAUUGCUUUGGCUGAGAUAUACUUCUUAGCGAAGAAACUUGCUGAAGAUCUGGAACCGUUGGAAAAGCCUAAAUUAAAACCUCACAUGGAUUAAAUGCUGAAUCCAUAAUUUGUUUCUUAUUUUUUCGAUUAAAUGUUUUUGCUUACUAAACCAGUUAGUGUCUGAAUUUAUAUUUCAAUUUCUAUAGAUUUUCAAUAAAUUGUCAUUACUUAA